ACAAGAAAACAUGUGUUAAAUAAAUGCUUUUUAUAUAUUAUUAUUUGAUUAAUUAAAAAAGCUUUUAAAUACAACAAUGUCAUCAAAUCCUCUAAACGAACUCAAACGUAGAUUAGACGAUGACACUACUCCACUACCCAAGAGACUGCGUUUAGCAAAGAAUGUGAUACAUUCAGAUCAUUUCCCUGCUGCACCGAAGGAAAGAAUUGUAGCAGAAUGGUUGGAGAGUAUCACUGAAAGAAACGGACUGGCUAGUAAAGAUAUCAGACAUGUUAUAAGCUGGUUGCAAUUCGCUGAUGAACUGACAAAUGAUUUAAAAUAUAGAUUAAUUAAGGUGGUGUCCCACUAUUUACAUAGCAAUCCUUUAAACAAUGAAGACAUAUAUUUUAUUAUAAAUUUCUUAGAAAAUGACAAAAUAUCAGCAACUCUACAAAAUCAAAUUGAUGAUUAUUUAUUUAUAAUAAUCACUUUACUGCAAAAUUUACGUAAUGAAGUUGGAAAAAAUAUAUUAAUUCAAAAGUUGUUUACGAAUUUAAGUAAAUAUUACAAGGAAUGCAAGAAAAAACUAAAGUUUAUAAUAAAAUUUUUAGAUGGAGAGAAUUUAGAAACAAUAUUCGGCUAUUUAGAUUCAGAUUAUCGGAAUGAAGUUUUAAAUGUUUGUCAAAAUAUUUUGUUUCCGAUUACAAAGAAGUCGUUCUUUGUACAUUUUCUUCAACAUAUAAUUAAAAAUGAUAAUAUUGAUAAUUUUAUUGCGGAUAAAAGUGAAAAUGUACAAUCAGUUAUAAAAAUAUUAAGUACUUUUUUCAUGUUCCCUAAAGGUAGAACUGGUAAAGAUCAAAAAUUCUUAAUUGAUUUCGUUGAUACAUUUGUCACAUGUUAUCGUAAUGAAGGUCAAAUAUUAUUUGCAUUUUACAUAAUGGUGGUUAGUUCUUUAAAUAUCCGUCAGAAUUAUUUAAAUCCUGAAAUGAUAAUGCCUUCAAUAAUGUUCAAAGAAAAUGAUGAUAAAAUAAAACGAAAUAUAUUUUUGAAAAUGUUAAUCACGUUGCUAGAAAACGAAGUUGAUAUAUCAAUAAAAUUAACUGAUACAAUUGGUGAAAAAAAUAAAGUCGAAAUAAAAAAGAAUUUCAUGUCAUUUUUACAAGCGACUAUGCUCGGUUGUUUGAAAUUAGAACACAAAAUAGAUAAAACCAGUUUACAGAUUAUAAAAGCGGCAUUAAAAUUAGAUCCGUCAAUAAUUGAACAAAAGCUCGAUGUAAUUCUGCCACCGGUUAUGACAGCUAAAAAAAGUUCGAAUGUUAAAGAGGCUUAUAUUGAAAUGAUUAAUUGUUUAAUAGAAACAUUAUAUAAAUUAAGCCGUGGAACUGUUUUCGUUGAAAAAAUUCUACCGAAUAUAAAAUUAAAAUUGGAAGCUUUAAAUGUUGAACAGUUUGAAUUGAGACAAAAAUUAAAAGACACCACAGAUGAUGUAGAAAAGAUUAAAAAUAAAAUCAUAACCGGUGAUGAUAUUUUACCUCAAGAAUGUAUUGAAAUGUAUGGAAAAUGGACAUCAGAAUUGAUGUUUAGACAGAAUAGUGGAUUACUGACGUCUCUGCAAAAAGAUUUGGAGGAAAACUGCUUGAUGAUGUUGGAAGAAGGAUUUGUCAGUCCUUCAAUAAUCAUAUUAACGGAAGUAAUCUCCGCCAUAUUAUCGUCAUUCUUUAAAUACAGCAAAAUGGCGGACCAUACAGUUCCGCAACAGAUCGCCGAAGAGUUCUGGUCGACUUUCCAAACGUUUGGUGAAGAAUGCUUAAAGAAAUUCGGUGAAUGCAUCUUAAAACUUAAUUAUAACCCACCAUUACUACUAUCUUUUCUAAAACUUUGCUUAAGUUAUUCCCAAUUGAAACUUUUAAAUUUGAAAUAUGGCAACAUUAAAAUGGAAGAAACAACGAUUGACACAAGCGAGGUAACUGACUGCAGUAUAAUGUUGCCAUGUUUGAGUGGAAAUCAAUGGAUGACAUUAUCCCAAAUGAUACAAGAAGAUGACGCCGUUAUAAUAUGGGAUAAUCUUCUUCUUUUCAAAUUAAUGUUCUCCCAAUUAUUGAAAUUGAAUAAUUCUGAAAUGAAUCAAAAUGAAACUGAAUUAGUAACAAAAACAUAUAUAAUUAAACAAUUAUCCGAAUAUUCCGAAGUUAUUACGUCAGAUUCGUAUAUAACAAGGGAAUUAUUUAACAAUUUAGAUACAACUCAUGCAAAACAACUUGCAAAAUCCUUGGUGAAAUUAUUUAUAAAUGGCAACAAUUGUGAUAUAUUCAAAAAUGUUUCCAUAUCUAAUAACAGAAUAUUACUAAAUGCACUCGUUUUAGAAACAAAUAAAUGUAUAAUGAAAUGUUUUAAAAAUAGCAACACGCUUACUAAAGCUAUGAAUAAAAGUAGCUUUAAUAUAGAAACGUUCUUACAAAAUGUAAAUGUAAGAGAUUAUUUUAAUGAAUUUACAAUAAUUGAAAACGAAGAGGAAAAAAUAAUUAAACAUCUCGAUAUUUUAAAGGAUUUGCAAAUUUACAAUUUAGAAGAGAAUUUCAGAUUGACGACCAUUUUUGUGUUGCUAGCUAUAAAGAAAUGUUGCCAAAUGAAAAAACUACGACGAAAUAUUGAUAAUAUACUUCUUUCAACUUACGAACUGAGCCCGAAAUAUCCAGAUUUAUACAGAAUAUUUCCCGUUGAUUUUAUAUUUUCGUUCCAAGACAGUACUGUACUGGAUCUACUAAAGUUAUCUUUAAAAACAUCAAACAAUAUGAUCAUUAUUAAGUUUAUAUUAGAACUGACAGUAAAGAAAGUAAAAACAAAUAGUGAAAUAUUGAAAGAAUUAGUAGAAAUACUGCUGUCGAAACAAUAUUCAAAGAAUUCAACAAAAACUAUAGAAUACUUUAGUGACACAGUGUUCCAAAUACAAUGCAUCAUUCUACCAAUUAUUGCUAAAGAAAAAAGAGCCAUAACUUCAAGUGCCUUUAGGACGAUAUUAGCAAAUUUACAAGAGAAAUUACACCAAGCUAUGUUGGAAUCGUUUAUGCAUAUAGAUUUUACCAAAAUCGAUAAACUAAACGAAACUGGCAACAUUGAUGACAGUUUGGUAACUUCCGAUCGAGGUGUUGCAACACUGAACGCCAUUGGCGCUUAUUCAUUGACGUUAUUGAAGUAUUGUGAAAUGACAGAUGUUGACGAAUUAAAGAAAUUGGAUUGUUUAUGGUCUGGAUUGGAAUUUUUCAUCCUUAAUGCUAUUAAAGCUGUCGAAAAUCCAAAUUCAAAAUACCAACAUCUAGAACCUUCAAUACAAUUAUUGAAUAUUGUAUUAAGAUAUAUUAAAAAACUAGAAUCCCACAAAAUAUUUCAGAAGAAAGACGAUCUUUUUAAACAAAUAUGGCAAAGUAUUAAAAAUAGAUUACUUAUAAUAUUGGAUAAUUCAUCUAAGAAACGGAUAAAUACAGGUUUAUUGGAAAAUAUCGCAGUCACUUUGAAAUUCUUAGCAGAAUUAUCUUCAGUGGAUUGUUUUGUAACGCAAUUUUUAGGUGAUAUAAAUAAUUUGGUCAUUUUGAAGAAACCGACAAUAAUUUUAAAGGAUGAAGCCAUGACUAAUUUACAAUUAACAUCUCAUCAAACAUCCAAAUAUUUGCUCCAACAUUGUCUUAAAGCAAAUCUUAUUGGUAACAAAUGUGUUGGUGUAACGAAGCAAAUGUACCAAAUGUGUAGAAACUUAAAACAUUGGAUUCAAUUACAUUUCGAAAACGAAAUAGACAUUGAAAAACAAGAUCGGAGAAUAAAUAAUAAUAUUGAAAUGAAUGAAGAUAGUGAGAUCAAACUGACAGCUGUCAAAGUUGACGACGCCAUUUGCAAUUUGUUGAGAAUCGAUUUGGAUAUGCUUUCAGAAGUGAUUUUGGCGGCAAAGAAGACUACAUUAGACUAUAGGUUUAUCGAUACCGUAUUUGAGUUACAACAUUUAGUUCAAUACAUUCUAGGCCGUAAUACAUUGCAUUUAAAGUCUCAAAUCACUUGGCAAUCUUUCUUCACGUUGCACGAAGGAUCUAUUACUGUGUUGAAUAACUUGUUACUAUCAAGAGAAGAACUUUUAGAAGACAGAUGGCCAUGUUACAUGCAGUGCUAUAAAGUAUUAAUACAAUGUCUUUGCGAGCGAGCGACCUCUUUAGAGCAAACAGAUCGUAACGUUGAACAGAAGUUGGCUGAAACAGCUCAUUCUAUCGAGAAAUUAACCCAAUCGAUAUGCAAAAGAAAAGCUCACGUAUCAAGAAUAGCUGCUUACGCGGUCGCCGACAUUUGCAUUUGGAUAGAAAAGAACGGUCCGCCGAAACUAGUGAGGCAACAUCUAGAAAAUUCUAUUGCCCUAUUAAUACAGGCUUCAGAUUCUACAUACGCUAUGGCGUUCUUAAGAAGAUCUUUGGCGGGUUCAGUCGGACAAAUGACAAUGUCUAAUAUGUAUUCUAUGUACAAGAGAUACCAUAAAUAUGUCGGAAAUGCUUAAAUAACCAGCUCUUAAUAAUAUUC